CCUCGUACUACUAAUACCCCCUUCCCUUCGUCCUUUAUUCGUUUCUUCUUCCCGUUUGACAGGCUAAGGUCUGCCUAAUGUCGCUCCGACACAAUAUCUCCCGGUUAUCAACACCGUCGAGCUGGAUCUCGCGGGUUUCACCAGCAACUAUGCCUCUCCGCGCCAAAGUGACCAACCCAGCUUUCAAGGCUGCAACAUUGUCAACUUCCACAAACCUUCCGAAAGAGUUGCCCGGAGAUGAGCCCGACGAUGUUUUGUCUCACACUUUGUACGGAGUCCGUUUGGUUGAGCUCAAUCGGCCAAAGAAGCUCAAUUCCCUGAAUGGUUCAAUGGCUCGCAAGAUUCUUCCUCGCUUGAAGGUCAGCUAGACUGGUGGUAUAUGGGAUGGGAUGAUGGUUGCUAAGCAUUGAACAGGAAUGGGAAAAGUCCCAGUUGGCCAAUGUGGUCAUGGUUUCCGGCGCAGGCUCAAAAGCUCUCUGCGCUGGCGGAGACGUCGCAGCCCUCGCUCUGCAGAACGAGCAGGGCCCCGAAGGACAGCAGAAAUCGACCGAUUUCUUUGGUCUGGAAUAUCAGCUCGACCACACUAUUGCAACCUACCCCAAACCAUUCAUCUCCGUCAUGGACGGCAUCACCAUGGGGGGUGGCGUCGGACUCAGCGUCCACGCGCCCUUCCGUAUCGCGACCGAACGUACUGUUUUUGCCAUGCCCGAGACGACCAUCGGAUUCUUCCCGGAUGUGGGUGGCUCUUUCUUCCUGCCUCGUCUCGAUGGCGAAAUCGGAACCUACCUCGCUCUCACUUCGGAGCGUUUGACUGGCGUUCAGGCGCUCUACGCCGGUAUCGCCACGCACUACUUCCACUCCAGCGUACUGAGCAACCUCACCAACCGUUUGGCCGAACUGGUCUUCCGGGAUUCUGCCACACUCCCCGAGCGUCUCGACCUGGUCAACAAGACCAUGGCUGAAUUCUCCACCGGUCUACCAUCGCUGGCGGAGGAGCCGAUGCUCCUUGCCGGCGGAUUGCGCAGCGCCAUUGACCGCUGCUUCAAGUAUAACACCGUGGAAGAAAUCUUCCAGGCGCUGGAGCAGGAAACCGAACAGAAGGAAUGGGCUCAGAAGACUCUGGAGACCUUGUCAAUCCGCUCCCCCACCUCGCUCAGGGUCACCCUGCGCCAGAUGCGUCUAGGCAAGGAAUGGACCAUUUCCGAGACUUUCAGGCGUGAGCAUCACAUCGCCAGCAAGUUCAUGCAGCACCCGGAUUUCGUCGAGGGUGUCAAGGCCCGUCUCAUGUCCAAGCCCCCCCGCCAGGCCUCAUGGCAACCCGCUACCCUCCAGGAAGUCACCCAUGAGCAUGUCGAUGCUUUCUUUGGUGCUUCCGACAACCAGCUUCCACUACUUAGUGAAAGUGAUUACCGCGAAUAUCCCUACCAUUACGGUCUCCCCACUGAGGAAGAUAUCGGAAAGUUUGUGCGCGACAACUUUGAGACCCAGCAGCAGACGGUGGACGCCAUUGCUCAGAAAUGGGGCAACAAGGAGGGCGUCAAGGAGAAGGUUGCGGAAGUGUUGGCCAGACGGACUGUUCAGACUCCCGAGGGUCUGCGCUGGGAAUAGAGAAAGAGUUAAAGAAAAGAAGUUUUCCAAUUUCGAUGUAUUUUUGAUUGUCAGGUUUUUACAAUGGGUAUAAUAUUAUUGACGUGUAUUUCAUUCUACUACAGGAGCUAGAUAGUAUAAACAAGAUCUGUGUUUGAACU